AUGGGAGGAACAGUAAGUUGUAAUAGACCUUCUCAAGAAAUGUCUAUUUUACUUGAAAAAUUAUCAUCUACUGAAAGUAUAAGUCCAAAUGAUCCAUUUUGGAACAAAUUACUUAAUUUUGAAUAUCAAGUUGAUGAAUGUUUAACUGAAAAGGUCCAUCAAUUUAUUGAUUAUAUCAAAGAACCAUGUAGUAAACUUUUUAAGAAUUGUGAAAAAAGUGGUAAUAUUGGAACAUUAAUUAAGGUAUUUUUAAGGAGAGCAAAUAAUUUAUAUGAUAUGGAUUUAUCUUCUGACAAAUAUUAUUUGUUACUUACAUCAAAUUGUUUGCUAAUAAUACGUCAUAUUUUUGGAUAUUUUAUAAAUGAAACAACAGAUAUAUUGCUUCAUGAAAUAAUUAAUUUUGACGACUAUAAUAAGGAAGAAAAAUAUGAAAGUGAUUUUUGUGAUGAUAUUAAUUAUAGUAAUUUAUCAGAUGAAUUGAUAUCAAAUUUGAUCAAUAUUUUAAUUAAAGUUCCUUACUUCUUAGCGCAGAAUUAUUUACACCAGAUAAAAAAAAAUGCACGUAGAGCACAUGAAACCGAAAGUGGUGGUAGUUAUGUUUUAUCAAUUGGAUAUUCAUUAUUUAAAUCAGUUAAAAAUACAUUUUUAGAAAAUAGUGAUGGAAUUGAUAGUUCCAAUGAUCCAUUUUCAUCCUCAGAUAUUGAAGAUAAAGAAAUAUCAUUGUCAUCACUCAGUUGUAAUUUAUUAUUAUAUUUAGUAUGCAGAAAUAACAAUAUAUUUUGUAAUAGUCCAUUUUUAAAUGCUUUAGAAAAAUUCGGUAAUGCACAGGAGAUAUCUAAUAAUGAUUUUAACAAUGUAAUAUUUACAAUUGAUUAUACACACCUCUAUAAUCAUUUAUGUAAAUAUGUUCAUAAACAAUCAGUUAUGUUGUUAUUUUACAUGUUGAUUCAUAAAAAUGAAGGAUUUAAAAAUUUUAUAUUAUCAAGAAUCAAUCUUGAAAAUUUAGUUGUCCCUGUUUUAAAAGUUUUAAAUGGUGCUGAUUAUGAAAAUAAACGUUUAUUAUUUGAAAAUAAUUUGGAUGAAGUAUCAACACAUAGUGUUGAUGAACCAAUAUCAGUUUUACGUAAAAGUCAUCAUAUUUAUUUGUCACUUAUAAAUAUUUUAAUAUUGACAGAAGAUGACUUUUUUGGUAAAAUAAUUCAUGAAACAAUAAUAAAAGAUAUUAAUUGGUAUUUACCAUCUAAACAUAUAAGAGAAAUUUCAUUAGGAGGAUUAAUUGCACUUGUUAUUAUGAAAGUUAUACACAUGAAUACUAUCAAAACAAGAGAUCGUUAUCUUCAUACAAAUUGUUUAGCAGCAUUAGCAAAUAUUUCCAGUAAUUUUAAAAAUUUAGACCCUUAUGUUUGUCACAAAUUAACAUCACUUCUAAUUUUAAUGAUGAAAAAACAUGUAAGAUUAAUUCAAAAUAUUAGAAAUAUUGAAGAUGAAGUAGGUGAAAAAGCAGGAGAUGAUUGUGACAAUAGUAGUAUAUACCAUUAUGAUAUUAUUGCAUUAGAAGAAGGGAUAAGAACAAUUUUAGAAAUGAUAAAUUCAUGUUUAUGUAAUAAUUUACGAAGUAAUCCACAUUUAAUAUAUUAUAUGUUAUAUAGAAGAGAAAUAUUUGAUUCUUUUCGUGAUCAUCCAAUGUUUCAGGAUUUAUCAGAUAAUGUUUUUGCUGUUAUUAAUCAUUUUUCAUUAAAACUUGGUAAUAUUAAUGAUAAAUCAGUUGAAGAUAUAUUAAGUGGUAUUGAGGAACAUUCUCUUACAUGGCCAACUGAUCGUUUAAAAAAGUUUCCUGAACUUAAAUUUAAAUAUGUUGAAGAUGAAAAUACUGCUGAAUUUUUUGUACCAUAUAUUUGGAGAUUAAUAGCAUCAUAUUCUGGUAUUUAUUACAAAAAUAGUUCAAUUCAAUUAUAUAAUGCAUUACAAUAA